AUGGACGACGACGACGAUCCCCCGCGCGACGUCUUCGACGAGCGCGACGUCCGGAACCUUCACCUGUGGUUCGACGCGAGCGAGCGCGCGGACCCGAACCCGACGCGGUUCACCGAGACGGGCGCGCCCGCGCGCGCGACGCGCACGCUCUACCACGACCGCAUCGCGUCGCGGUUUAGGGACGAGGACACGCUCAUGACCGCGGGGCUGCACGCGCUGGAGGAGAAGCUCGGGCCGUUCCACCCCGACGUCGCGGAGCUGUGCGCGGAGCUCGGGAGGUUGCACGCGGCGGACGGAAACCUCGCGCGCGCGCUGUAUCACGACGAGCGCGCGUGGCGAAUCUACCGCGAGAAGCUGCACGGCGCGCGGCAUCCCGUCACGCUCGCGGCGCAGGAGACGCUCGCGAGGACGCUCAACGCGGCUGGGAACCGCGCGCGGGGGGAGGCGCUCAUGGCCGCCGCGAGAGACGCGCGCGAGGAGGAGGAGAGGGAGGACGGGAAGCGGGAGGACGGGAGCGCGGGGCGGCGAACGCGGGAUUCAAUCGCGACGACGCCGCCGCCGCCCGGCGACGCCCCGGGCAAAGAGAACGCGAACGCGACGACGUCCCUCCGACCCGCGGCGAAGGCGUCCACGGCGUCGCGGGCGAUCGCGAUCGGUCGCGCGCGUCUCGCGGACGACAUCGCGCGCGCCGUGACCGUGACCGUCGCUCGCGAGGAGGGAGGACGAGGAGGGAGGACGGACGGACGGAGGGACCACGACGAAGUCCUUAAGGAACGGCGUUCACCACGCCAACGCGGUCGUAUGGGGACCAGUCACGAUCGUCGGACCCCGGUCGGGGCGCGGUCUUCGCCGGAGAAGCCGGCGUGGCGCGGCGGCGGCGCGGCGACGACGCGGCGACGCGCGGAGAUGUCCCCGGACGCGGCGCCGCGCAGACGGAGGGUGUAUCGAGAAGACUACAGGAAGCCGACGCGCGCCAAGGAGUCGACGACGAAACCGUUUCUGUGCGGCGGCGUGAAUCAGACGCGCGGGAGCGGGCGCGCGCACACGCCGAGGAACGCGAAUCCUUUCGCGUGGUAUCCGGGCCGGUGA